CUGUCCCGGUCAUUGUCAAUCAGCGUUACCUUCACGUUCAAUUUCCAACGACGAACAAACCUACAAUUUCUUCCACCACCUCUUUUUCUAUAGCUCUUCUCCAGUCCAGUCACCAAAGCGCACUUCUUGCGAUCGCCUUUUCGGAUACCUCACAACUCCAUCACGCAGUCAAGAUGUCUGACGACGAGGACUUCAUGCAGGAGUCUGAUGAGGAGCAGUACGACUUUGAGUACGAGGAAGACGACGAUGAGGAUUCCGGGGAUGUCGGCAUCGAGAACAAAUACUACAAUGCGAAGCAACUGAAGCUUACCGAUCCCGAGGAUGCUAUUGCCGAAUUCUUGGGCAUACCACCGUUAGAGGAAGAGAAGGGCGAAUGGGGCUUCAAAGGCUUGAAGCAAGCCAUCAAACUCGAGUUCAAGCUGGGACAGUAUGAAAAGGCGACGGAACAUUAUGCCGAGCUGUUGACCUACGUCAAGUCGGCCGUGACGAGAAACUACUCCGAGAAGUCGAUCAAUAACAUGCUGGACUACAUUGAGAAGGGAUCAGACAGCCCCAAGGCCGUGGCGUGCGUCGAAAAGUUCUACUCGCUCACACUCGAGAGCUUCCAGAGCACAAACAACGAGAGGCUAUGGCUGAAGACGAACAUCAAGCUGGCCAAACUCCUUCUCGACCGUAAGGACUAUAACAUGGUCACUAAGAAGCUGAGGGACCUCCACAAGGCCUGUCAGAAGGAAGACGGCAGUGACGAUCCCAGCAAGGGCACAUAUUCUAUGGAGAUAUACGCCCUCGAGAUCCAGAUGCACGCCGAGACCAAGAACAACAAGCAGCUGAAGAGGCUCUACCAGCGCGCCCUCAAGGUCCGGUCCGCUGUACCUCACCCCAAAAUCAUGGGCAUCAUUCGCGAAUGCGGUGGCAAGAUGCACAUGAGCGAGGAGAAUUGGGCCGAAGCCCAGACGGACUUCUUCGAAUCCUUCCGCAACUACGAUGAGGCCGGCUCGCUCCAGCGAAUUCAGGUGCUCAAGUACCUACUUCUUACGACUAUGCUUGUCAAGUCUACCAUCAACCCGUUCGACUCGCAGGAGACCAAGCCGUACAAGCAGGAUCCCCGAAUCACUGCCAUGACGGACUUGGUGGACGCAUACCAGCGUGACGACGUCCACGCCUACGAAAAUGUCCUGCAGAAGAACCAAGACAUUCUCGCCGACCCAUUCAUCGCUGAGAACAUUGACGAAGUCACGCGCAACAUGAGGACGAAGGGCGUCCUGAAGCUGAUUGCACCGUACACGCGAAUGAAGCUGUCAUGGAUCGCGAAGCAACUGAAGAUCUCAGAGCCCGAAGUUCAAGACAUCCUAGGUUUCCUCAUUGUUGACGGCAAGAUCCAGGGCAAGAUUGACCAGCAAGCCGGCACUCUCGAGAUUCAAUCGGACGCGGAUAGCGAUCGUACCAAGGCUUUGUACGAACUGACGCAAUCUGUCUCGACUUUGUACACUACCAUGUUCAAGGAGGGCGAAGGCUUCCGAUCUACCGAGUUUCCUACCGAUGAGCAGACCAUGGAGAUGAUGGGCGGCGGUAUGACCCCCAGAGGCGGCGGUCGUGGACAGGCGCGGGGCGUCGGACGGAAGGGCAAGGGCGUGGUGCCAUCGAUGUGGACAUGAGAAGCAUGAGUAUACGCGCAUGCCGGUUGAUUACAACGGGCGAUGGACAUAGCAGGCAAAACUUACGACUGGCCAUUGCACCAUGGCUGCUCCGUCAGCUACGUUGCGGCAGGGACGGGGACGGAAGUGCUUAGACGAAGAAGGAAGACGAUGCCAUGACGGCCUCAGCAAGCAUGGAAAAGGAGUAGAGGCGUUGUCAAAGUAGCUCAUCAGGCCAUGACAAGAUACCAAAAAUCAUGCAAUCAACAUUAUUAGCCAAAAA